AGGCGCCGCUAUCGAUCGUAGUAUAUAUUACAGACGGCACUCCUCCCCUCCUCAUACCCCUCCUCCUCCUUACCACUGCACACCAUGUCCCUCUCCAACAAGCUCUCCAUCACCGACCUCGACCUCAAGGGCAAACGCGUCCUCAUCCGCGUCGACUUCAAUGUCCCGAUGCAGGAUGGCAAGGUCACAAACCCCGCGCGUAUCGUCGCGGCGUUGCCCACGAUCAAGUAUGCCCUGGAGAACGGGGCCUCCAAGGUCAUCCUGAUGUCACACCUCGGCCGUCCGGACGGCAAGGUCGUGGCCAAAUACUCCCUCCAGCCCGUCUCGAAGGAGCUCGAAAAACAGAUUGGCAAGCCCGUCAUCUUCGUCAACGACUCCGUCGGGCCCGACGUCGAGAAGGCUGUCGCGGGGGCGCCGGAGGGCUCCCUCGUCCUCCUCGAGAACCUGCGGUUCCACAUCGAGGAGGAAGGGUCCGCGAAGGACAAGGAAGGCAAGAAGACCAAGGCUGACCCCGCAAAGGUUGAUGCCUUCCGCGUGGGCCUCACGAAGCUCGGCGAUGUCUACGUGAACGACGCGUUCGGUACGGCCCACCGUGCGCACUCAAGUAUGGUCGGCGUGAAGUUGCAGCAGCGUGCCGCCGGCUUCCUCAUGAAGAAGGAGCUCGACUACUUCGCAAAGGCCCUUGAGCACCCCGAGCGUCCCUUCCUGGCAAUCCUUGGCGGUGCGAAGGUGUCAGAUAAGAUCCAACUCAUUGAGAAUAUGCUCGACAAGGUCAACUCCCUCAUCAUUUGUGGUGGCAUGGCCUUCACCUUCAAGAAGACGCUCGAGAACAUUCCGAUCGGCAACUCGCUCUUCGACCAGGCAGGCUCAGAAAAGGUCGCUGUGCUGGUAGAGAAGGCGAAACAGCGCAACAUCAAGAUUGUCUUCCCGGUGGACUUCGUUACGGCUGACAAGUUCGACAAGGAUGCGACGACUGGCACCGCAGACGAUGUGAGCGGCAUUCCCGACGGGUGGAUGGGUCUCGACGCGGGCCCGAAGAGCAAUGCGCUCUUCAAGACGACCGUGCUCGAGUCCAAGACAAUCCUCUGGAACGGUCCUCCGGGCGUCUUUGAGUUCCCCAAGUUCGCGGCAGGCUCGAAGGCGCUCCUCGAUGCGACCGUCGAGGCCGCGCAGAACGGCGCGACGGUCAUCGUGGGGGGUGGUGAUACCGCUACGGUCGUUGCCCAGCACGGCCUGGAGGACAAGCUCAGCCAUGUCAGCACUGGUGGCGGUGCUAGUCUCGAGCUCCUUGAGGGCAAGACUCUGCCUGGUGUUGCGGAGCUCAGCGAGAAGUAAGCGAUCAAUGCUGUGUCAAGAACGCAGAAUAGAACUUGAAGGCGGCGUGUAAGUGUAUCAAGCAGAAAUAAAUGAUUUAGACUACUGUUGUUGUAGCAUCCUAAUGACGACCUUCACGUUGUUCACGCUUCCGUGCGCAUGUGCAGGGUACUUGUGUCUGGGCCGCUGAGCCUGAAGUCGCCCAGACACUCACCGACGAUUCGGCAGUCGAAUCCGCGAGCUGUGCACUAUGGCGCACUUUGCCUAGCGUGAGCCUCACGAAACAGGAUCGGUGCGAUUUGGGUGCGAUACAUAUCCCUUGGAAGCACGACGUCGACGUGCGGGAACCUUGUGUGAUUGCGACUACUUACAAUACUUACUAUUGAUUAGUAGAUACUGACAAAUGUAAGCGUGCGAGAGUCUGCGUUGACACGUGAAUACAAAGUUAACUUACUAUGGUGA